UUUUUUUAUCGAUUGCCAUAUGAGACGAGUGCUGAAUUGUUUCCAGUGCCUUCAGUACAGCUUGUGGUUCUGUCUGUGGAAGACGGUUUAGGCCUCUGGAGUUUGCAGAAGAACCACUGAGAGCCAGGUAUCCCAUAAUGUCAGCAUUUAGUGUCCUCGCUUCAUUACCGGAGGAUCACUUCCAGUGUUCGAUCUGUCUGAACGUCUUCAGCGACCCAGUUACUACACCUUGUGGUCACAACUUCUGCAAAACCUGCCUCAUCCAGCACUGGGACAACAGCGAACUAUGUCACUGUCCGGUGUGUAAUAAAAGAUUCCAGAUGAAGCCCGAGUUCUCCACAAACACGGUCAUCGCAGAGAUUUCAGCCCAGAUAAAGAGGAGAAAGGUGGAGACACUCGAAAGCGCUGAUGCUCCAUGGAAAGUGAAGUGCGACGUGUGCCCAGAAUUGAAGUUCAAGGCUUUGAAGUCGUGUCUGGUGUGUCUGACGUCAUACUGCGAGGCUCACCUGGAGCCUCACCUGAGAGUUCCCUCCCUGAUGAGACACAAGCUGAUCGAGCCGGUGGAGAACCUGGAGGAGAGGAUUUGCGAGAAGCAUGAGAUGAUCUUGGAGUUUUUCUGCAGGGACGACCAGGUUUGCAUCUGCCUGCUGUGCUGUGGGACGGACCACAAAGACCACAAGACAGUUCCUGUAGAGGAGGAGGCGCCUCUGCAGAAGGAAAAUAUUGAGUCCAAAAAAGCAGCAAUCCAACUGAUGAUUGGGGAAAGAAUGGAAAAGAUCGAUGAAUUUACGUGUUCCUCUGCAAUGCGCCAAGAGAAAACAGACCAAGAGAUUGAAAAGAGUGAUGCUCUGUUUAAUUUGCUGAUGAAUGCAGUAGGAAACAUGCAAACUAAACUGAAAUCGAACAUCAACGAAAAGCUCAGAAAGUCACAAGAGAAAGAUGAAGCGAUGAUUCAAGAGCUGCACGAAGAAAUCGCAGAAUUGCAGAGAAAACACUCGGAGCUGGAGGAGCUUUCGCAGAAUGAAGACCACCUUCAGCUUCUGCAGACUUUGCAGGCUCUGAGCUCCUUUUCCGACACCAAGUGCUGGUCCACGAUCAAGGUUUACUCAGACCUCUGUGUGCAGACAGCGAGGAGAGCCAUGAGUCACCUGGUGCACAUUUUUAAAACAGAACUGAAGACUCUGACAGAAAUUGAACUGACCAGAAUGAGACAAUAUAAAGAAUCCUUCUCCUUCAACCCGUCCACUGCUGGUUCCAACCUGGUGGUGACUGAGUACGGGUCACGUCUGAAGUACUACAAAACCGCAAGCCCUUCAUCAUCGGACGACUCAGAAAGGUUCAGCCGUCCCAUGGCUUUUGGGACGAAGGGCUUCACCUCUGGCCGGCACUACUGGGAGGUCCAAGUGGGCCUGAGAAACAACUGGGAUGUUGGGGUUGCCAAGGAAACAGUAGACAGAUCAGGAAGGGCAGCAAUACAACAGAAAAAUGGAUUCUUUGCCAUAGGAAAGAGGGGGUUUGAUUAUGAAGUUCACUGUGAGAAGUACAAAGUUCUCCACCUGUGUCCCAGGCCGAGGUAUGUUGGAGUUUAUCUGGACUACGACGAAGGCAGAGUCUCAUUCUUUGAUGUGAGCGAGAAGUUGCACAUUACCUCGUUCACCGGAGAGUCUUUCACAGAGAAGCUGUUCCCCUACUUUUACCUGCACAGCAAUGCAAAGAAAUCAGAGGCUCUGCUGAUCAGGCAUAUCUAUGAACCAAAAUUUCCCUCUGUCUUAUUCACUCCCUCCAACAAUCCAAAUAACAACCAAACAGUGUAAGAUCCCUGUCUCCUGUAAGAUAAAACCCUUUAAAACCAACUGCAAUCACACAGAUGCCUGUAGAACAACACUUUAAGUUGACAAAGUGUCAACACACUCUGAAGUUACAAAUAUGAAAUUAAUAAUUGACAGUUCACUGAGUCCUGCCCCUCUUUACUUCCUGUUGCUUCAUCUUUUCUGCGUGGCACAUAUUCAGUUUACAACACAGAUAACAGCAGUAAAUCCACCAUUUCUAGCAUGAUCUCUCCCUAAAACACAGAGUAAAACUACACUUCUCAGUUAAAAUGUCCGCAUUCUCAGCAGCUGGUGAGAGAACAAAUGGAUUUACACCAAGAAUGACAAGAAACUAGAUCAUGUAUUAUGUAAAACUUGAAUAAAAUAUGAAGUCAGACAGUCUGUCCUGUGUGUCUGCACAGGCUGCGUUCAGGCGGAAAUGUGGGUUGCAUGAUAUUUAGAAGCACUCAGAGCCCCAAACACUGUAGUUCUGCAUAUAAAAUGCAAACAUGGAAACAUGAAAACACACUAGACCUGAGAAUAAAACAGAGUAUCUGCUUAGAAGAUGCUCAUGAGAAGAGAACUGAAAAAAACAUUGCUGUCACUGCAGAAUUAGGACCAAAAGCAGACACAUGCAACCAAAGAAAUGUAAUCAAACUCACUUAAAUGUGUCUAAAAGGUCUAACAAAACCCAAUUAAAAACCAAAGAAUCCCUUCAAGAACCUCUCACUGACCUCCACACACUGCAUAAACACACAUAAUGGUGUUUAAAUUAACCCAUAAACCUCUAAAAACUGAUGUUAAUGUACAAACUCUUUGUUUUGUUAUAAUUACUGCUAACUUUAGAGCAGAACAACACAGUUUAAUCUACUCUUUACACUUUUUGUCUUUGGUGUUGGAAAAAAAUGUGCACCUUGUUGACUUUUUUCAUGCAGAGAGACACUUUAACUGCACUUAAGUCGUAAAACUGUAUAACAUGCAGAGAGAACCAAAGUUCCAAUAAUGUUUUGAAGAAAAAACACUUAUUCUGAAUGUUUUAAAGAUAUUUCUUCUCCAAAUAAGGCUCCGAUAAGGUUAAGUUGUUGUUUUAUUUUGAACAUUCAGGGGAUGUUGGAAAAGAAAUUACAUUCUCAAACCAACAUUUAGAAAACGUUUCUCAUUGAUCGAGUCUCAGAUAACAAGAUGUGGGUUUUUUUUGUUUUUUUUUAUACAAGGUUCCUGUAAAAUGAUGUAUUAAGAAAGGUAGAACAUUUAGACUGCAAUAUUGUGAGAACUUUGUGGGGCCGUUGUUGACGGAACACGUUACGCAAGAACGUUUUUAGAAUGUCGUUAUCCUGAGUUUAAGAAGAACAUUUUGGAAACUAAAAAAAAACAAAACAUUAGAACUUUUGAGGAACUUUUAGAACAAAACUAUUCUCUUCAGGUCAGGGUCUAAUCAACAGUUAGUCUACAUUUAUAACUUUCAUCAUCGUUAGAUUUGAGUUAAAAUGAAAGCAAAGCUGAAGGUGGAAUCAUUUCCUAUCUAUCACUAAAUAGUUUUGAAAUUCUGCUCUGACAAAAGCAUUCUUUAAUAUCUUCUGAACAUGAGGGUUAUAAAUGUAUAAAUGUCUAUGUUAAAUAAACUUGUUCAGUCUAAA